CAAAUAUUUUCAUAAAUUUAUCUGUGGAGAUAUAGACUUGCACGCCUUUAGUUUAUAAACAAUUAAUUUUGCUUCUCCAUAUUCAGUUGUGUGUUGAUCGUUACUGUGGAACGAGUUCGACAAGUGUAGAAUUAGAGUAGCGCUUUACGACCACGCAAAACAACUAAAAUGCCAAACACUGAAGAGAGGCUUAAAAUAUUGGUCACACACCCUGAGGUGCCGAAAGAUGUAUUGGAUCUGAUGAGUCGUGGUUGUGACCUGAUAAUUUGUCAUAGUUUACCACCAAGCCGUGCAGAGAUUUUAGAAAAGUCGAAAGGUGUAGAUGGCAUGUUUUGGGCUUCACACGAAGCCUUGAACGCUGAAGUAUUAGAUGCAGCUGGUCCACAAUUGAAAGCUAUAUCUACUAUGUCUGCUGGCAUUGAUUUCGUAGAUGUGCCGGAAUUAAAAAAGCGCAAAAUACCAUUGGGCCAUACACCAACCGUUUUGAAUAGUGCAGUUGCAGAUUUGGCUAUCGGUUUAAUGAUCGCCGCCGCACGUCGUUUCCACGAAGGACGUCUUAAAAUCGAAAAUUCAACUUGGGAAAAUUUUCAUAUUAAUUGGAUGUGGGGCCAGGAUAUACGCGAUGCUACUGUUGGCUUUUAUGGUUUCGGUGGUAUUGGCCAAGAAAUUGCCAAACGUUUAGCCGGCUUUGAUAUUGAUCGUAUUAUCUAUUCAACAAGACGACGUGUGGCUACCGAUAUUGAAAAGGAAUUCUCCGCAUCAAAGGUUACAUUCGACGAAUUAUUGACCAAAAGUGAUAUUUUGUUUGUUGCUGCACCUUUAACUGAAGAAACAGCUGGCAUUUUCAAUGCAGCUGCAUUUGAAAAAAUGAAGAAGAAGGCCAUAUUUGUCAAUGUGGCCAGAGGAGGCAUUGUCAAUCAAGAAGAUCUUUAUGAUGCAUUGAAAACAAAUAAGAUCUUUGCUGCUGGCUUAGACGUUGUGACACCAGAACCUUUAUCUAAAAAUGAUCCAUUAAUGUGCCUUCCAAAUCUUGUGAUAGUUCCACAUUUGGGAUCUGCCACAGAACGUACAAGAACCGAUAUGGCUACCAUUGCUGCACAUAAUGUUCUGCGCGGUAUGGCUGGAGAGCCGAUGUUUGCACCUGCUUACUGAUAAAUCUAUUCUGAGUUUCGAAAAAUUGAAGUUAUUCGUUAUUUUGAAAAUAUAAAAAAUUAAAUUAAUGAGUUCAUGUUUGUAUACAAAUAAUUGUAA